GGCGGCGUUUCGACGCCCCAUCCCGGCGGCGUCCGCUGGCGUGCGUCGUCGGCGAGCAUGGCACGGUGGUCGUCCCCUAAGGACCCUGCCCUGGAGGCGGCGCUCCGGCGCAACCGCCGCUGGGUCGUCAACAACCAGAUCAAGCGCCUCCUACUCCGCUUCCCGUCCCGCACGGCGCCCGUGCGUUUCCUCCAAUCCCGCUUCAAGACACUCGAUCUCAUGGGUCGCGCCGCCAACUGGCUCAGCAAGUACCCUUCCUGCUUCGAGGUCUUCUCCGCGGACGAUGGUGGCGGUGAGCAGGAACCCCAUUUCGGCUUCACCAAGCGGAUGGCGGCGCUCGUCCACGCGGAGGAGGCUGCCGUCGCGGCUUCCGAGCCGGCCAUGGCGGACCGCCUCGCGCGCGUGCUCAUGCUCGCCCGCGGCCGCCGCCUACAGGUUUCCAAGCUCGCCGCGCUGCGGGGCCCUCUCGGCCUCCCCGAUGACUACCUCCUCCGCCUCGUCCCCGCCAACACCGAUCUCUUCCGCCUCACAAACCCCUACCCGCACCGCCGCAACGCCGCUGAGCUAGAGCUCGUCAGAUGGGCUCCCUCUCUCGCCGUCUCCGCCGUCGAGGCCGCGAGCGACUCGACCCCACGGUUCAGCUGCUCGCUGCCGGCCUCAUGGGUCAAGUCACACGCCAAGAUGGAGGAUUUCAACGCCUCCACGCCUUACAUCUCGCCCUACUCGGAGUGGGCCUUGCCGGGCACGGAUGCCGAAGCCGAGAAGCGAUCGGUGGCCUUGGUGCACGAGCUCCUCUCUCUCACCCUGUGGAGAAAGAUGUCGAUUUUGAAGCUGGAGCAUUUUAGGAGGGAGUUUGGGCUACCGGAGGACACGGCGAGGAUGCUGCUCCGGCACCCCUGCCUCUUUUACGUGUCGAAUCGGUACAAGAUACAUACAGUGGUGCUCCGCGAAGGUUACGAGGGGUCAGAGCUGAGGGAGAAGGAUCCGGUGGUCUUGGCCAAGGAUCGGCUCGGGGAGCUGAUGCAGGAGGGGCUGCAUGAGUAUAACCAACGGCGGCGAGGGAUGAAUAUUGAGAAGAAGAGGAGGAGAGGGGAGGUUGAGGUAAAGAAAGAGAAAGAGGUGGAGGAUGAGGAAGCGGCGCGCUUGGAUAGUGCAGAGAAAAGAGAGGAGAGGAGGCGGUUUUAUAAGGUGUUGUUUGGUGAUGGCAAUCGGUAAUUCCCAGUUUUGCUGUGUUGAUAUUGAAGGUGAACAUCAUCAGUGCAUAGCUGCUGCUGAUUGGGCUGUGUUGAUAUUCAGAGGAAGGUGAACAUCAUCGGUGCAUAGCUGCUGGUUGGGGUUUGAGCAUUACCCUCUUCCCAUUAUGUGAUCGAAAACAUUUGCCCGUGGCCUUGUUCUCGCGGGUGCAAUAAGGUUGACAAACUGUCUGCAAGUGAAAAUGGUACCAAUGUGUGCUGUUUUCUUGUCACAGGGCAUGGGAUUUGUUAACUGUUAACUAGAAUGUAUGAGUGAAGAAAGGAUUCCCACAGGCACCAGAUGCUUUGAUCUGUCUACCAAUCGCAACAAUUUAAACACUUUGGACCAAGG